UCCUGAGGCAGGGAAUUUUUCUGUCCCUUAAGUUAUAAGUCGUUCCACCAUUGCUCAUUUUUUCGAAGUCUCCUCUCCAGCUGAAACAGUGUCAUGUCGGAACAAUUUGAGGAAGCUGUCUUUGGUCUCCGCUGGAAUAACAAUGUAUCUGUAGCGCUCUUUACCGUGAUGUCCUAUGAGUACCUUCUUCUCUUGGACAAGGAGAUUAAGUAUGUCUGGAAGAGACCAUGGUCAUUGAUGUCAUGUCUCUACCUCGUUGUUCGAUAUCUUGGUCUUUCCCUUGCAAUACUUUGGGGCAUAUGGGGAGGAAUGUUGUAUAUGCCUGAACAAGUGAGCUACGAUCUUGUUGUUGUAUUGGAAUGGGGCACUUCUGUGUAUUUUUGCUUUGCGGAAGCCAUUCUCAUCUGGCGUCUUUACGCAUUGUGCAACCAAUCCAAACUCCUUCUUUAUGUUCUAGGGGGUUCGUUCUUGCCUAUCGUCGCACUCUUGAUAGGGACAGAUAUCUAUUUGUAUAGCCGACCUAACGCGUUCUCUGUCGUAGAGUUGGUAACUCCGAACACAAAGUACUGCACCUUUUCCUUCAAUAUGGGGCCGAUGCCUGCGAUCUACACUUCCAUCCCCAUCGUGUGCUAUGACAUCUUCUUAGUUAUUCUCGCAGUUGUCACCCUCGUGAGACACCUCAAAGAACGGAGGGAAUACAGAAUGAGGCCUAAUUCCUAUAUGGUAAUGAUCGUCCGACAUCAUAUCAUGUACUUCAUCCUGAAUUUGACAAACCAAAUAUUAAUGGUGAUAAUAUGGGCUCACAUUCCGACGGCGGCAACGGCUCUCUCGACGUUUUUCAAUAGUACCGUGCCAUUCAUUCUCGCGCCCCGUCUUAUCAUCAGCAUUUGGGACACGCAUGCCCAGGACAACUGUGUGUAUGUCAGUACACCGUUUGCAGAUUGUGUAUGUUGGACUUCGCCGGCAAGGUUCGAGCAGCACGAGAUGGACUCUGACGUCCCAUUAACUUGUUGUGCUGGGUCUGUCUUGCGUUAGUGUAGUGGUGGAAUCAACAUCCGACAAGUACUAGAAGUGUACAAUAGCGCAUCGAAGAC